AUGGCCGGAGGGUUUAUAUCGGCGGUGGUAAUUCACGGCCAGUCUUCCCUUCAUCUUCUUUCCCUCUUCUGCUUCGUCGUCUUCCUCCUCCUCAUUUCCCUUUCCAAUGCUGCUUCAAUCACUAGCCUGUUCUCGCCCCCUGUUAAUUAUCUCAUUGAUUGUGGCUCCUCGAAGCAGACCCUUCUCCAAGAUGGAAGAACCUUCAGGUCUGAUCGUGAUUCCACUUCUCUUCUCUCCUCCGACGAGGACAUCCAAACUUCAGUUGAUUCCAUCAAUAUAAAUGCUUCCUCCUCGGUUCCUCCUACCUCGCUUCCUUUAUUCAAUAGUGCCAGGAUUUUUACGGCUAAAUCCACAUACACUUUCUAUAUCUCCAAGAUGGGUCGACUUUGGGUUCGCCUUUACUUCUUCCCACUUCCUCAUCCUUCUUAUAAUCUCACCCAGGCGGUUUUCUCCGUCCAAACUGAUCGAAUCGUUCUCUUGCAUGACUUCUCUGUCAAAGAUAAUACCUCUUUUGUGUUCAAAGAGUACCUCCUUAAUGUCUCCGACACCAGAUUCUCCUUAAAGUUGAUUCCCCAGAAAAAGUCUCUCGCUUUCAUCAACGGUAUCGAGGUUGUCUCCGCCCCUGACCCUCUUAUCCCUGAUGCGGCUACUUUAGUUUCCUCGCAAGGAGAUUUCCAUGGGAUUUUUAACCAUGCUCUUCAGGUAUGUUACAGAGUUAAUGUUGGAGGUCCACCCAUGCCUCCAAACCGAGACACUUUGUUAAGAUCAUGGGAGACUGAUACUUCCUAUAAUGCAUUCCCGCAAUUGUCCCAGAAUGUCUCUGUUUCGACAAAACUGAUCAAGUACCCAGAAACAGGUGAGGUGACUCCACUGAUCGCCCCUGGCUCUGUAUAUUCUUCAGCUAUGGAAAUGAAAGAUCCCAAAGUAAACCAAGGCAAUUUCAACCUCUCUUGGAGAAUGAACGUAGACCAGAGUUUCUCCUACUUGAUAAGAUUGCACUUCUGCGACAUUGUAAGCCAAAACCUUAGCCAAUUAUACUUCAAUUUGUACAUAAACGAGAUGAUGGGUGUUGCAAAUUUAGAUCUUUCCUCUGAAACCAAAGCUCUAGCCACUGCUUUUUACCAGGACUUCGUACUUAAUUCUUCUGCUAUUACAAAUGGAUCUAUUUUGGUACAAGUGGGUCCCGCGAAUCUCCAACAAGGGAUGCCCAAUGCGAUUCUUAAUGGACUCGAAGUGAUGAAGAUGAGCAAUAUAGCUGAUAGCUUAGAUGGAUUUUUCUCUGUUGAUGGGAAAUACAGGGGUCCGAGCUCACGCACAAUGGUUCUGAAAGUGGCUGCCGUUAUUGGGUUAGGAUUCUCUGUGACUGCGAUGUUUCUUGUUGCCGUGAUCUGUUUCCGAUGGAGACGAAGGCCUCGUGGAUGGGAAGCUAGAGAUAGCUUCUCGUCAUGGCUUCUUCCUAUUCAAUCCACCCAUCCUGGAAGUUUAUGUUCUGCGUCAAGCAAAAGCAGCUCUAGAAGGUCAAGCAUAUUUGGUUCCCGCAAGAGCAAAAGCGGCUACUCUGGUUAUUUAACACCAACUGGGAUCGGACGUUUCUUUGCUUUCGAUGAACUCCAAAAAGCCACAAAUAACUUUGAAGAAAAAGCAGUGAUUGGCGUCGGAGGAUUCGGAAAAGUCUAUCUUGGGACAUUAGAAGAUGGGACAAAGGUUGCCAUAAAACGAGGAAACCCAAGUUCAGAACAAGGCAUAAAUGAGUUCAGGACAGAGAUAGAAAUGCUCUCUAAACUCCGACACCGACAUUUAGUUUCCUUAAUGGGAUUCUGUGAUGAAAACUCAGAGAUGAUUCUCGUCUACGAAUACAUGGCCAACGGCCCUUUUCGUUCUCAUCUCUACGGCUCCAACCUACCUCCAUUAUCAUGGAAACAAAGGCUUGAAAUCUGCAUAGGUUCCGCUCGUGGCCUUCACUAUCUCCAUACAGGCGCAGCACAAAGCAUCAUUCACCGAGACGUAAAAACCACAAACAUUCUCUUAGACGAAAACUUCAUAGCUAAAGUGGCAGACUUUGGGUUAUCCAAGGCAAACCCAGAGAGAACCCAUGUGAGUACAGCAGUGAAGGGUAGUUUUGGAUACCUCGAUCCUCAAUACUUCAGAAGCCAGCAAUUAACUGAGAAAUCCGAUGUUUAUUCUUUCGGGGUUGUGCUCAUGGAAGCACUAUGUGCGAGGCCAGUGCUUGACCCGACACUUCCAAGGGAACAAGUGAAUUUAGCGGAUUGGGCAUUACAGCAACAUCGGAGAGGUAUGCUCUAUAGAAUCAUCGAUCCUCGUAUUGCCGAAACCAUUGCCUCUGGGUCGUUGAACAAGUUCGUUGAAGCCGCGGAGAAGUGUCUGGAGGAUAAUGGGGCGGAUAGGCCUACCAUGGGGGAUGUGUUGUGGAACCUGGAGUAUGCUUUGCAGCUUCAAGAAGUUGUUUCGAGGAUCGAUACAAAAGAAGAUACAACAGCGAGUUCGAUUGCGUUACAACAGCCUAAUGAGAGUGGCGAGAAAGGAGAUCAUUCUGGUACUCAGGCAACUGAAGAAUCUGAUGUGACCGAUGUUGAUUCUAUGUUGUUCUCUCAGAUUGCUCACUUCGAAGGAAGGUGA